AUGGCAAAGGGGUUGCAAAGGAUUACAGGAGUGAUCCGAUGGAGGGCGGCUGUAUGGCUGGACGGUGAUUCUGCUAAAUUUCUUGGGACUCCAAGGCUACCGAGUAUCCAGGAAGAAGGCUCAGCUUUUUUCCUCAGUGGAAACACAGGAGAACCAGUGCAUCAUGACUGCUUGGAGACUAUUGAAGCAACAUAUGCAAGCCGUCCGGACCUGAGAGACAGUCCUAUGGAAGAUGGGGAGAACUGGUUUACGGAUGGAAGCAGCUAUGUUCCGAGUGGUAAGAGGCAUGCAGGAUAUGCCAUCACCACCAGCCAAGAACUAAUGGAGUCAAAGCCUCUGCCGAUGAAUACUUCUGCACAGAAGGUGGAAAUAAUUGCUCUGACUCGUGCCUUGGAAUUUGCCCAAGGCAAAACUGUGAACAUCUAUACAGACUCAAAGUAUGCCUUCGGGGUCGUACAUGCACAUGGAGCAAUCUGGAAGGAAAGAGGAUUAUUAAACUCUCAGGGCAAAAACAUAAAGCAUGCAGAAGAGGUCCUGAAACUGUUAGAGGCAGUCCAACUCCCUGAGAAAGUGGCGAUUAUGCACAUUAAGGCACACCAGAGAGUGAGCUCAGAAUUGGAAAGAGGAAGUGAGCUGGCAGACAGAGAGGCAAAACAAGUAGCUAAAACUGAGGUAAAUACAGAAGGAGCUUUGAUCCCUGAUGGAUGA